GUCCUUGUUCGCCCUCCAGAAGAGUACAAAGAUGGUGUCUGCAGUAUAGGAUCAUGUCUCCUAGAGUUUACUGCUCCAGAAGAACUCCAAGGUGCAAAUGCUUACGAGUGUGAAAAAUGCUGUGCUCCGCGUAAUAAAAAGAUGAAUGCUGUUGGCAGUAAGAAGAAACGCGUUUCUGCUCUGAAACGUUAUUUAAUAUUCGAGCCUCCUGCCGUCCUCACCCUACACUUGAAAAGAUUCCAGCAACUGGAAGGACUUACAGGUAACCGUAUAGCUCCGGGAGAGAAACGUUUGUUGUAUUCGCUGUAUGGUGUGGUAGUACAUUCUGGCAGUCUUUCGGGUGGUCACUACAUUGCAUAUGUCAAAAGUCGCCACAGGCUAAAGCAG